AGCUUAAUUUGGUUCCCGCAACCUUCAACUGAACAUUUCGGCUCCCGCCUAGUAUGACACCACUCUGUUACGUAUGUUGUCUUCUGCUGGUCGUCCUUCCGGGGCCGGCCGUCUCCCAGGACCCUCCCGUGGUCAAGACCAAGUAUGGCUGUGUGCAGGGGAUCUACGGCACCACUAGGGGAGGCAGGAGGAUCGUCGAGUUCCUCGCUAUCCCCUACGCCAAACCACCCCUCAACGAGCUGAGGUUCAAGAGUCCAGAACCACCCGUGCCGUGGGAAGGGGUGCGAAACGCCUCCACAGAACAAUCACCCUGUCUACAACAACUAGUGCUGAUAGAAGCUGUCAGAGAUGUGGUGUCUGGCAGCGAGGACUGUCUGUAUCUCAGUGUCUUCACCCCUGACGUAAAUCCAAGCACUAAACUGCCUGUCAUUGUGUACAUACACGGAGGAGCUUAUAUGGGCAUGUCUAGUGAGAAGUUUCGGUACGGUCCUGAACUCCUGCUAGACAAGGAUGUCGUCCUCGUGACCUUCUCCUACAGGAUUGGAAUCAUUGGUUUUAUGACCACAGAAGAUGACGUCAUCCCAGGCAACUUCCACAUGAAGGACCAGCUUAUGGCGCUCAAGUGGGUCAAGGAGAACAUUGCCCAGUUCGGAGGAGAUGUGGACUCAAUCACGUUGUUCGGCGAGAGCUCUGGGGCUGCCAGCACUCAUCUGCAUACCGUGUCCCCAGCCAGCAAAGGUCUAUUCCACCGAGCCAUCAUCCAUAGCGGCAGCGGCCUGUGUCCCUGGGGAUACGCAGAACCAGGUGUUCUAAAGAAGAGAGCUGCUGUGGUCGCUGAGCUUGUCGGCUGUCCUUUCAGCCCAUCCAAGGACUUCCUUGCAUGUCUGCAAAAACUGCCGGGAGAAACGAUUGUCCGAACUAACAAACAUUUCCUGGUAUGGGAUCUGGACCCUGUUGUGGUGUGGAAGCCGGUGAUCGAGAAACCUUGUGUCAAGGACGCGUUCCUCACCAAGAGUCCUUGGGAGCUAACCUCAACUGUUCCUGUUAUAUUUGGCAUGAACUACGCUGAGGGUGGGAUCAAAACUUGCAGUGUGACAGGGGGAGACGUCAGUUCAAAGUUCAAGCAGUGGAACGCUGAGUACGACAGUCUGGCUCCGAUCUCCUUGUUGUACGGAGAGAGAUCUCCCGACUCUGCCGCCAUCACCAAGGCUGUCCGGUCCUUCUACUUUGGGUCCGAUAACACGGAAAUAAAACCCGACAUGAUAACUCAAAUUACACAGAUGUACUCUGAUACCUGGUUUGUCAAUGGAGUUCUGGAUACUGUAGAACGUCACCAGGGACCCAAGUACCUCUUUUACUACACCUACAACAAGACUUUCUCACUAUGUUCCAUAUUUUGGAACAACGAAGUUGACUUAGGUGCCUGUCACUUGGACGAGUUAACAAAUCUGUUCCCAAUGGAAGGAAACUAUGCUAAGGACCCAAACAGCGCAGAUUACAAACUUUCUCUCAAGAUGAUUGAAAUGUGGACCAAUUUUGCAAAAACUUCAGUUCCGUCUGGGGGAGGAGUCGACUGGACUCCAGUGGAGACAGAUGCGCUGGAACAUCUGGAGAUCUCUAACAGUGGCCUCUCCAUGAAGACGUAUCCGGUGAAGGAAAGACGAGCGUUCUGGAAAUCUCUCAAAACACAUGGAGCUCAUGAUACAACUUGGAGUCAAACACUGAACUACUGUAAGAGAACUGCCGGGAGUGGGUUGUCUGUAGAACCAGCUGACUGCACAGUCGAGCCUGGCAACUAACAAACAAGAUGAGAUCUAUAACUGAGACCUCAGCGGUCACCUUAGAACUGUUGUUUUAAGUGUGCGUUGAAUCUAUCUGUGUGACACACAAGUGGCAGAAUUAUUCUGAGGAGCUACUAUUGAUUGAACCAGAAGGAAAUAUUCAAAAUAGAAAGUUGUAAUUAAUUUUAUAACGAUUGUUAGACCGUUAGAUAGGAGAUCAAUAAACAAACUGUG